AUGGAUGCGCCGAGCGUAUCCGAAGAGCAGAUUCAAAGGACUGUUGAAGAUAUCCGCGAGGCUGUGGAGACAGUUUCCGAGCACCCCGAUGAGCCUGGUGCAAAGCAGAAGCUCGAAGAAGCGAUCGAUGCUGCCCGAAAUGCUCUUGACGUACUCGAUAGACGGGUUCAGCAGACCCAUGCCCUGCAAGACCUUGACCGGUUCAUCGAGGUCAGCGACCGCGUCUUGUUAGCCGUCCCGCAAGGCCACGCAUCCACCGCUAGCCUGCUGAGCGACCUGUCCGUUGCCUUGCGUCGCCGAUUCUUGGUGAUGGGGCGCGAGGGAAAUCCGCAAGACAUGGACAGGGCAGUUGCGCUCGCUGAGGAUGCCGUCGCGGCCGUCCUCCCGGGGACGGGAACGCGGCGCUUUGUCCUGGGCAACCUCAACAAGCUCCUCCAGGAGCGGUACGAGCAGACGAGAGACGUCAAGCACAUCAAACGGGCUGUCGAGGCAGCCGAGGAGGCGACACAGGGGAUGUCCAAGAACUUCUCUCACGCGGCGGACCUUCUGAACCGGCUCGCCAUGUCGCUCGGCAAGCUGUUUGAGCACACGCAUGAGCUCGGUGUCGCCGAGCGUGCGGUCGCAGCAGCCGCGUCCGCCGCGGAGACGGCAAGGGCAAAAGGCGAGGAUCGGGAGGCGGCGUUGGCGUUCAACACCCUCGCGAGGGUUUUGGGGAGGCGGUUCGAGCAGACGGGGGAUCCGGACGACAUAGAUCGCGCCAUCAAUACCCUCACCGACUCUGUGCCGCGGAUCCCGGACCCAGAGGGCAACGAGGAUCGCCUCAUUGGCCUGAGUUAUCUGGCGAACCUGUUGGGCACCCGCUUCGAGCGACAAGGCGUUGUGACGGACCUGGACGACAGCAUUCAGUACUCGCAGAUGGCCGUGGACCUGAUGCCGGACGAAGAUCCAGGCCGUCUGCCGCAGCUAUUCAAUCUAGCACUGAGGCUGGCAGAAAGGGCAGAGUAUACCAAAGGGAUCAAGGACCUCGACGGUGCCAUCGCCCACGGCCGGCGAGUUCUCGUCCUCGCCCCGAAGAAUCACCCAGAGCGAGCAAUCUGGCUCUGCGGCGUCAGCCGCUUCUUUGCUACGCGUUUCACCAUGGGGGCGAAGUCCUCUGAUGACAUUCGACAGGCAAUAGACCUGAGCAGGCAGGCGGUGGCAGUUGAUCCCAAGGACAUUUUGGUGCGGGGGGUUGUGGCCAACGCUUUUUCAAACGUUCUCAAGGUGAAAUACGAGCAAGAUCACAGGGAUGUCGACUGGGACGACUCAACCGACCUUGCUUACUUGAACGAGGCCAUCGAUGUUCUCAGCUCCGUUGUUGAAGGGGGUUUCCCAGAAAGCCAUCCCGACCGAGCAACCUUGGAAUUCGGCCUAGGGGAUUUGCUGCGCACGCGGUAUCGGCAAGGCAGCAACACUGGCGACACUGGCGACUUGGACCGGUCCAAGGAAUCCUUCCGGCAAGCGUGGAUCAACCGCAACGCUCCGACCACGGUACGAAUCCACGCGGCGAUCCGCGUUGCCGAAAUCGCCGAGUCUCUGGCCGAGGAUUGUGCUCCGGAUGCCGUGGAUAAAGACUGCCCCGACGCCGCCGUCGGGUCGCUGCGGCUGCGGCAUUGGAAGGAAGCGUCGACGUACAUCGAGCACGCCGUCAAUCUCCUCCACGCCUUGAGCCCCCGACACAUGCAAAACGCCAACAAGCAGCACAUGCUCGCGCGGUUUGCCGGCAUUGGUGCCUCCGCCGCGGCCGCGGCCUUGAAUGCGCAGAGGGGAGCCCAAGACGCCCUGCAACAGUUGGAGCUCGGGAGGAGUAUCAUCUCAGGUCUUCUCCUGGAUCUCCGAACCGACCUGUCGGUUCUCAGGGAGAAGCAUCCCGACUUGGAGGCACAGUUCUCCAGGCUCCGGGAUAUGCUGGAUUCCGGUGGCCGUGUCGUGCGGUCGACGGCGUCGUGGGAGUCCCAGAGCCACUUACGCCGCCGAGCGGAGAAGGAGUUUGAAGCGCUGCUCACAAAAAUCCGUAGCGAGGAGGGGUUUGACAGGUUCUUGCUACCGUUCACCGCGGAGCAGAUGAUGGAGGCGGCUGACCCCAGUCCCGCCGUCGUUGUCAACGUGUCCUCGGCCCGGUGCGAUGCCUUCAUCGUCAGAAAGGACGGCAUCGAGGUGCUCGAGCUUCCACUCCUGCGCCUUAAAGACGUCCAAGCGAGGAGGAAGUGGCUGCAGGGUAAACCUGAUAUGCUGCCGUCGACGCUGGAGUGGCUUUGGGAAGUCCUUGUGCAGCCCGUACUUGACAAUCUCGGCUUCGGUAGCCCCUUCCCUCCGGGUGACAGCGCGUGGCCACACAUGUGGUGGAUUCCUGUUGGCCCUCUCAGCUCCCUGCCCCUCCACGCCGCCGGCUACCACACUCGGCGUUCCGGGGAGACUGCCCUCGACCGGGUCAUGUCGUCGUACAGCUCAUCGCUCAAGUCUUUGAUUUCGGGGCGCCUUGGGAGGACACCAUGCUGUGACACCAGCCCCAUCAAAGCCCUGCUGGUGUCAAUGAAAAGCACGCCGGGAUACGCGCCGCUGCCGUAUGCGGAGCGCGAGGCCGCGAUGCUGGAGGAGCUCUGCCCGUCGCUCAACGCGACGCUCAUAAAGCCACCCGAGCGCAAGGCCGACGUCCUGGAGCAGCUCGGCCGCUGCGAUAUGUUCCACUUCGCGGGCCACGGCGUCUCGGACCCGUCGGACCCCUCCCAGAGCGCGCUCGUGCUCCGCGACUGGGAGGACGACGGCAUGCUGACGGUCGAUGACCUCAGGGACCAGAAGCUGCAGAGGAAGCCCCCGUUCCUCGCCUACCUCUCGGCCUGCUCCACGGCGGCCAACGAGGUGCUGGGGCUCAUCGACGAGGGCAUCCACCUCGGCUACGCCUGCCAGCUCGCGGGCUUCCGCCACGUCGUCGGCACGCUCUGGACCGUGUCGGACCCGUUUUGCGUCGAGCUGGCGCGCAGGUUCUACGAAACCAUUAGCAAAGAGGGCAGGACGGACGCGGCCGUCCACCGCGGGCUUCAUUCGGCGCUGAGGGCUCUGAGGGAUGUCCAAGCUCGCACCGAGACCAGAGGGCCAGAUUGCGAGGGGGUUGAUGCGGCGGGCGGCGGUGCCGGUGGAGAAAACGGCGGCGGUGCUGACGUCAAAGACAGUGGCAGUGGAAAGCCAGCGGCAUCAGUAUCAAGGGAGGAAGGCGAGGGAAACAAAAACGAUGGGGACAGAAAGGGCACGGUCGGGGGUGGACCGAGACCGACUAUGAACUCGCUGUGGGUUCCAUUUGUCCAUUUCGGCGUCUGA